AUGAUUCAACGAGGACUGAUCCCACCAGCAGCAAAGAUUACUUUUGAAACGCCACCUGUUAUACCUAAAACUGCUUUCUUUCAUUCUUUUAAACCACCUAAGACCAAAACCGUAGGGAUGCCCAAUGCUUCUUCUUUUAUGACUUUCACCUUUAUAGCUCUGCUGCCACUGACUGCUUUUAAGCUGACAGAUCAAAGCACUCAGGAACAGCAGCAUGAGCAAUCUCUGGCAGAUACAAACCAACCAGGUGGACCUGCAUUGACACAAGGCCCCGAAGGCCUCCAAGCUCCAAACCAAGAAGAGAAAGAAGGAGAAGAAAGUGCUGCCAUUUACCAGGAAGAGAGAGUUAUCUCCCACUCCCACUCAUCACUGCUACCAAGGCGACUACCACCAUCACCAUCAAUCAGUAUUUCAUUUUUUCCUUCCAAACAAGGAAAUAUUUAUGCACUAACAGUGUUCAUCAGUGUCACAGAGGAUAUCUUAUUCUAUGCAAAGUCCAAAGAAAAGAAGGAUUUUCUCUAUCACCAGAAAGGUUCCCCAAAUCUUGGAAGCAAAGCUGAGUAUAGCCACAGGCUUUUUCCAUCAGAAUGCAUGCCACUUGCCUUCUCCUGGGAGCUGAAGCCUCUCCUGCCAAUGUCUAUGUUGGCUAAAGAAAGAAUUGCUUCUGUAACUCUUAUUGAUUCUCCGAAAUUGGUACCAGCUCUGCCACCUCAGAAAUUACCUAUGGAUUAUGAUUUUUUUAUUUACAAUGGUGUAAUAGAUCCGGAUGCUCCAGACUUCGUAGCCUUCAAAGAAUAUUUUUGUUUAUCUUGGGGAAAUAUCUUUUCUCUCUUGGAACACAUUGAGAAGUUUCUCAAGGACUAUGCAAUACCUGAAGUCAAGGUAAAAGGGAAAAAUUUGGUAGCACUUCUUCCUGACUUUGAACUUAACAGUAGGCCUACUAAAUUUGACCUCCUGUCAGCAUUAGAGAAUCCAGUUCAUAUCCUCAAGUUAGUUAAUCAGCCAGGUCGGAGGUACAUGGGGCAAUGGGGAAUCGAGGAAGCUAUAAUCAAGAUCCAAGCAACAUGGCGAUGCUACCAGGCCAGAAAAGCCUAUUCUACGUUCAGGCGGCAGAAGUGGGCUGCAGGUGUGAUUGCCAUCAACUGGCUUUUGCUUGGUCACAAGGCCCGAAUGAAAAAGAUCCUGAAGGAAAAACGUGCAAGACACCUGGAGAAUUUCCGCCUUCGAGCCAAGCAUCUGGCAGCCAACUGGAAUCGCAUCAGGACCUCCAGGAGGACUAUUAUCCAUAUCCCAUCAUUAGGAUUUGCCAAAUCUGUUCGGGAAAAUGCCAUUGAUUUCCAUAUACAACAGAACUUGCAGCUGGGAAGACUGUGUGAUAUACUAGAUGCCAAUGUGGAAGUCAUCUAUGUCUGCCCCCUUCAACUGCCUGACGAAUUAGUGACAUAUUAUAGUAAGUUCCUGGGUCUACAGUCAGCUGUCAUAAGUGGAAACCCUGAAGACAUAAGUGACCUGAAGGACAGGUUCAGAAUUCUCUUCCCUGAAGCUAUAAACCUCUUCCCUAUGAUGGAAUGCUUAAGUCAACUCAUUGUUGAUAAUCUGGAUGUGCAACGCUGGAUAUUUAAAGUGGACAAUGAAUUUGGAGGCAAUGGGACUGCAUUUUGUGACGUUCUUUCCCAUCUAAAGUGCUAUAAUUGGGUCAUACGGGAAAGUCACAAACACGGUGUCAGAGAUUGGAAUAAGAAAUGGGCACACGAGCCAGCUUUGGAGAGGAUCUCCGAGGAGCUGGCGGGCAUUUUAGCACAGCACGCACAGGCAGUCAAUGAGAAACGAUUCCCUACAUGGGAAAAAUUCCUCCAUACAUUUCUCAGUCAAGGUGGUGUGAUCGAGGCAUUUCCACCCGUUGACAAUGUCACCAACUUGAGUGUAGACAUGUUGAUAGAGCCAACAGGAGAGAUAAAGAUGCUUUCAACAGGGGACCAGCUCCAUGCAGAUGGCCCUUUGCUCUCCUCUGGCAGCACCAUGCCACAAUCGUCAAUUGAUCCAGAGGCUCUCAACAUACUAUGUUUUCAAAUCGGAAAUGCCUGUAAAGAUCGAGGCAUUAUUGGUCAUGUCUCUAUUGACCUGGUGACCUUUAUCCAUCCAGAGACCCUGCAACAGCAGAUAUGGGCAACGGACCUUGAACUUCUUUAUAGUGACCAGCUUUCCUUGACACAGCUCACCUUGUAUGUGACCAGAGGAAAUCUGAAUUUCAGUUCUAGUGUCUUAGAAGUGGCACCCUCUGUAAAGAAACUUAAUAAAUGCCUUUCUAUCCUGGUAGAACCAAACAAUCGGAGAGGAUCUCCAGGGGGUCCUCAUGACCUUUGCUCACAAUCUCUUCAUCAUCCAUCAAGAAAUAUCAUCACCUAA